GCCUUCUUUUUAAAUGGUUUCGCUUUGCCGCCUCCUCCCUCCCUCUAUGAAUGCUAUUCCACUGGAUUGGCCUACACUUGAGACUUUUGGAUUUGGGUCUCCAGGACUAAUGAGGAAGUACACUCGCGCUAGAGUUUGGGCUGCGUUCCUUGUAACCAUUCUUUUGCUGCUUUCUGCCAUGGGUGAAAGUCUUGGAUUGUCCACAGACGCCGCAACAAGCUCAAAUGGUCGAAGAAGCUUGAAGGAACAUAAGAAUCAGAUGAUGCCUCAGAAGUGGGACGACAACUAUCUCCUGAAGGGACUCUUUUCGACGGGUUCGAGCUUGCCUGAUUGUUCCCAUGCAUGCGGGCCAUGCUUUCCAUGCAAAAGGGUUAUGGUGAGCUUCAAAUGCUCGAUUGCUGAGUCAUGCCCAAUCGUCUACCGAUGCAUGUGCAAUGGAAAAUACUAUCAUGUGCCUUCCAAUUGAUAUGCAUGUUAUGUUACAUGCAUCAGGACUGCAACUCAGAAGGAAUCCAUGAGUUAUCUUUUUCUCUACUAAUAUGUUGGAGGAUUAGGAUAGAACUGAUGAAGGUAGAGAAGUGUAAGAGGGGGAUUUUGUAAAUGAUGAGCUUGUGGAAUUGGUAAUGGUGAAGUUGGUGCUUUGAUUUUUGAGAUAUCGAAGUUUUUUCCCUUUGAUAU